AUGGUCAUCUUUGCUGCGUUUGUAUAUUUGAUGUGGUUUGGGAUGAAUUCGGACCGCGAUAAUGUACACCCCUUACUCACCCAGCUGAUUCCCGCGGGACACUGUACCUGCCAAACAUCCACCUCGUUCCAAUGCUCAGACUGCCUCUCAUGCCUCACCUUAGACGCUUCAGAGAACACAUCAACACAGACAUACGACUAUCACCGCGACGCCCACAAUAUCAGUCUAGAAAAAGACCAAUGCAAUGCCUUCUUCCCAGGCCUCUACAAGGACAUCCACCGGGGCGUUGAGUAUUGGACAAAACGAGCAAGCAUAACUACAAAAGACCUGAAAGACACACCCCUCCAAAAAGGCAUGGCUCGAGCCAGUAUCUACAACGGAGAGCUCUAUGUCAUAGCCACUUGUGCAAAAGGCGAAGACCACAGGCGCAAAAUCGUCGCGACUCUAUCGGCCAUGUACCGCAUUCUAUCCGCUACGCCAAAUCGCGCUGCGAUUCCCAAUAUCGAGUUCAUUUUCUCUGUUGAGGACCGGGUGGACGACGUGAAUGCCAAUGGACAUGCAGUAUGGGUGUACUCCAGAAAAGCAACCGAGGAAUCUGUAUGGCUAAUACUGGACUUCGGAUUCUGGUCUUGGGGUCACUUAAGCAAUGAUAUCGGGCCUUACUAUACACAAGCUAUGGAUAAGGUGCUCGCUACUGAAUCGGGGGUGUCUUUCCAUGCAAAAGAAAAGAAAUUGGUUUGGCGGGGUAAACCGAGCUUUGCUCCUAAACUACGCCGUGCAUUGCUGGAUAUUGCACGGAGCAAGAAAUGGGGCGAUGUGAAGGAGUUGGAUUGGAGCCGGAAGGCGAAUUUUCUUUCUAUGGAGGGCCAUUGUCGGUAUAUGUUUAUUGCGCAUGUCGAGGGCCGCGCAUACUCAGCAUCCCUCAAAUAUCGCCAAGCCUGCCGUUCCGUCAUAAUUGCCCAUAAGCUCCAAUACAUCCAGCACCACCACUACCUCCUCACAUCCUCAGGACCACACCAGAAUUACGUAGAAGUGGAACGCGACUUCUCUGACCUCCCAGAAGCAAUGGACUCGCUUCUACAAACCCCUAGAAAAGCAGAACGCAUUGCCAACAACAACAUCAAGACAUUCCGUGAACGAUACCUAACUCCAGCUGCGGAGGCGUGUUAUUGGCAGGAAUUGUGGGAUGGUUGGGCGGAGGUUUCGAGGGGAGAUAUUGAAAGGGAUGUGCCGGGGUAUAAACGGGGGCUGAGGUUUGAGAGUUUCUUGCUGCUGGGCAGUGGGGAUAUGUUGCGUUUUUCGUUUUCGGAGUAUGAAUAA